AUGUCGAGCCAACCUCUCCUCCAGACGGCGCCGGGCAAGCGCAUCGCCCUCCCCACCCGCGUCGAGCCGAAAGUCUUCUUCGCCAACGAGCGUACCUUUCUCUCGUGGCUCAACUUCACCGUCAUCCUCGGUGGUCUCGCCAUUGGUCUCCUCAACUUCGGUGACAAGGUCGGAAAGAUUAGCGCCGGCCUCUUCACUCUGGUCGCUAUGAUGGCUAUGGUGUACGCCCUGUUCACAUUCCACUGGCGUGCUAAGAGCAUAAGGAUGAGGGGCCAGGGCGGCUUCGACGACAGGCUUGGUCCUACCGUUCUUACACUGGCGCUCUUCGCGGCAGUCAUUGUCAACUUCGUGCUGAGGUUGACCAUGGCUGACGGCAAGAAAUAG